GUUUCUUCUGGGGAGUUUUAAGCCAGCCAAGCACGGAGGAGGGACAUGGGGAUCAUUCUGGCCUAUUGGGACAUCCGUGGGCUUGGUCAUGCAGUCCGAUUGCUGUUGGAACACACAGGAACUUCCUAUGAGGACAAACAGUAUAGUUCGGGGGAAGCUCCUGAUUUUGACACAAGUUCAUGGAAAAAUGAGAAGGAUACGUUGGGCUUGGACUUUCCAAAUCUCCCCUAUCUGAUUGAUGGUGAGACAAAAAUCACACAGAGCAAUGCCAUCCUUCGGUACAUCGGCCGGAAACACAACAUGUGUGGUGAGAGUGAAGAAGAACUGAUCAGAGUGGAUAUGUUUGAGAACCAUAUCAUGGAUUUCCGCAUGGCUUUUGCAAGAAUAUGCUACAGCCCAGAUUUUGAAAAACUAAAGCCUGAAUUCUUGGAGCAGCUACCAGGAAAACUGAAGCAGUUCUCGCAGUUUUUGGGGGAGAGGAAAUGGUUUGCAGGAAAAAAGAUCACCUAUGUGGAUUUUCUUGCGUAUGACAUCUUGGAUCAGCAACGAAUGUUUGAACCAAAAUGCUUGGAUCAGUUCAAAAAUCUGAAGGAUUUCCUUGACCGCUUUGAGGCCUUGGAGAACAUUUCAGCCUACAUGAAAUCACACCGUUUUAUGAAAACACCUAUUUUCUGGAGAAUUGCCAAGUGGAGCAAUGAAAAAGAAUAGUGAUGGCCAUCAGCUUUGCCCAGCUGGCAGUCAAUGACCAUAUAUAUUAUAGUAUCAAAAGGAUGACUGUCUUCUGCAAUACCUAUGAUACUUAAAAUGUGUAAGAUUCUAAGGUGCCAGCUAAUAAAAUAUUUUUGUUACUAACAAAA